AUUUAUGUUUUGUUUGUGGUGAAAAUUUGAAGUCAACAUGUUUUUACAGCUAGUGAAGAAAGUAAGAAAGAUGGGGUUUAAUCAAGAAACCUUAGCAGGAAGUAUCUGCAAUUUUGUUUUGUCAAUGUGUUUAUUGAAAAGGGAUUGAAUUUGAUUUUACAUUUUUGUCAAAGAUUUGAUCUUUUUUGCAAAUAAAGGCUAAAAAGAUAAAAUGGGCAUGUAAAGGAAAUGGUUUUGAGCUUAUGAUUCUAAUUUAAGAUGAUUAUUUAUGAAGCAAAUAAGUUUUCCAUAGUGUUCUUUACCUUGAAUGGUAGGAUACUUGUAGAGACGGAGCGAGGAUUUGAAGCUUAUGGGUUCGGGAUUCUAGUCUUUUUAAGUUACCGAGUUCUAAAUUUGUGUGUAUAUAAGCAAAUAAGUUUGCCCUAGUGUUCUUUACCUUGAAUGGUAGGAUACUUGUAGAGUCGGAGCGAAGAUUUGAAGCUUAUGGGUUCGGGAUUCUAGUCUUUUUAAGUUACCGGGUUCAAGAUUUGUAUAUAUAUACUUGUAGAGACGGAGUGAGGAUUUGAAGCUUAUGGGUUCGGGAUUCUAGUUUUUUAAGUUACCGGGUUCUAAAUUUGUAUAUAUAUAUAUAUAAGCAAAUAAGUUUUCCAUAGUGUUCUUUACCUUGAAUGGUAGGAUACUUGUAGAGACGGAGCGAGGAUUUGAAGCUUAUGGGUUCGGGAUUCUAGUCUUUUUAAGUUACCGGGUUCAAGAUUUGUAUAUAUAUAUACUUGUAGAGAUGGAGUGAGGAUUUGAAGCUUAUGGGUUCAGGAUUCUAUUUUUUUAAGUUACCGGGUUCUAAAUUUGUAUAUAUAUAUAAGCAAAUAAGUUUUCCAUAGUGUUCUUUACCUUGAAUGGUAGGAUACUUGUAGAGUCGGAGCGAGGAUUUGAAGCUUAUGGGUUUGGGAUUCUAGUCUUUUUAAGUUACCGGGUUCUAAAUUUGUAUAUAUAUAAGCAAAUAAGUUUUCCAUAGUGUUCUUUACCUUGAAUGGUAGGAUACUUGUAGAGGCGGAGCGACGAUUUAAAGCUUAUGGGUUCGGGAUUCUAGUCUUUUAAGUUACUGAGUUCUAAAUUUAUAUAUAUAUAUAUAUAUAUUCAAUAGAUUUCUUAAGACAAAUAGAGGGUUUUGAUCGAAGCUGAAUAUUUUCAGCUAGUACAGUGUUAAUAGGUUAUCUUGGAAACACAAAUUUAAGAAAUGUCAUGGUGUUGGAAAAUGCUUAUUCUUCUUGCUUUUAUGAUUGAAGUCACUAUGAUUCAAUCUUACCCGUUUCCUGGUGAAAUAUUCCUUUUACAAGUCUUGCUUUUUGGCCAUAGAUUCUAAAUGUUUUUCACUUUAUUUGGAAUUUAUGAAGUUGGAGUUUAAUAAGGAGUUGUGUUUGGUUAUACUUUUUGCAAAGGAGAGCAUAGAACACUUUUGGAAUUUAUGAAGUUGGAUUUGGAAAACAGGUCAAAGCAGAGGAAUAUUUUUUAAAGCCGGAUGUGUGCUUUAGCUUGUCUGAAAAUCUUGGCCCUUUCCUAUCCAGUGUAAAUUUGUAACUUUCUGGAAUUAUGCAUGUCUGGUCUUGGGGCCAUUGUCGAUAAUAUUGAAAGAACAAAGUCACUUGAUUCUUCGUUAAUUCAUGAAAAUAACGACAUUACCAAAUCGACAAAUGGUGAAGUUUGUCUUGCUUCUGAACCCACUAACUUUAGAGUCGGCGAGCUGUUAUUACCCAAUAGGGAAUUCUAUUCCGGGUCCCUUUUGGGUAACUUACCGGAAGGUUUCGGAAAGUAUAGGUGGUCUGAUGGUUGUCGAUACGAGGGCGAGUGGAGGCACGGGAUAACACAUGGGCACGGGAAACUAGAAUUUCCUUCUGGUGCUGUUUAUGAUGGUGAAUUUUCAGGUGGUUAUAUGCAUGGUGAAGGGACAUAUAUUGGACCCGAUAAAGUGACCUAUAGGGGACGCUGGCGGUUGAACCUUAAACAUGGUUUAGGGUAUCAAAUGUAUCCCAAUGGUGAUAUUUUCGAAGGGUCGUGGAUUCAGGGAACCCCUGAAGGACCAGGUAAGUAUACAUGGGCUAAUGGGAAUGUCUACUUUGGGAACAUGAAAGGAGGGAAAAUAUCGGGGAAAGGAACGCUGACUUGGAUUAACGGAGAUUCGUAUGAAGGGAGUUGGUUAAAUGGAGCGAUGCAUGGGGUCGGUAUGUAUACGUGGAGCGACGAUAGCUGUUAUAUCGGUACGUGGACACAUAGUUUAAAGGACGGGAAAGGAAUAUUUUAUCCUAGUGGUAGUAGGCUAACAUCUGGUCAAGAAUUGUACCUUAAUGCUUUGAGAAAACGAGGAUUACUUCCCGAUAUGAGAAAACAAAAUCAAGUCUCCCAUAUCCAUUAUGCCGCUUCAGUUGAUAUGGGAAAUGUCAAAGUAAGUGGUAAGCUUCCGGAGAGAAACUUGUUAAAUUUUGAGCAGUCACGGCCGACAAAUGCUACUCUCGAAAGACGAUGGAGUCUUGAAGUAGCGAUUGAGAAAGUUAUUGGACGUGAUUUCGAUGGAGGAGAUAUGGAGGAUGAUAUGAGUGCUCCAAUUUUGGAAAGAGAGUACAUGCAAGGUGUCCUAAUCACUGAGGUUGUUUUAAAUGAGCGUUUUUCACCGCCAUCCGGAAGAGCUAGGAGGAGGCAAAAGAGACUUGUAAGGGAAUUAAAGAGACCAGGUGAAGCAAUCAUAAAGGGUCACAGGAGUUAUGAUUUAAUGCUCAGUUUGCAGCUGGGGAUCAGAUACACUGUGGGGAAAAUUACACCAAUACAAAGACGAGAAAUACGGACUUCAGAUUUUGGCCCGCGUGCUAGCUUUUGGAUGUAUUUUCCUAAAGGAGGUUCACAAUUGACACCUACACAUCAGUCUGAAGAUUUCAAGUGGAAAGAUUAUUGCCCAAUGGUUUUCAGGAAUUUGAGGGAGAUGUUUAAGAUUGAUGCUGCUGAUUAUAUGAUGUCAAUAUGUGGAAAUGAUGCACUUAGAGAGCUUUCUUCUCCAGGAAAAAGUGGCAGUGUAUUUUUCCUGUCUCAAGAUGACCGUUUCAUGAUUAAGACAUUACGUAAAUCUGAAGUUAAGGUUUUGCUGCGGAUGCUUCCGAAUUAUCAUCGCCAUGUCAAGACAUAUGAAAAUACUCUCAUCACUAAAUUUUUUGGACUUCACAGGAUAAAACCUUCCAGUGGACAGAAGUUCCGCUUUGUAGUAAUGGGAAAUAUGUUUUGUACGGAGUUGAGAAUCCACCGAAGAUUUGAUCUUAAAGGUUCUUCACUGGGACGAUCUGCAGACAAGGUUGAAAUUGAUGAGAACACAAUACUUAAGGAUCUAGAUUUGAACUACUGCUUUUAUCUACAGCCUUCUUGGCGCGAAGCUUUAUUAAGGCAGAUAGAAAUUGACAGUAAAUUUUUGGAGGAACAGAACAUUAUGGAUUACAGCCUCUUGUUAGGUGUUCAUUAUAGAGCACCUCAACACCUGCAAUCUCUCAUCUCGUGCAGUGGACGCACCACAACAGAUGGAUUAGAAAUUGUUGCAGAAGAAGAGUCUCUGGAAGAUGAAAUAUCGCCACAGGGCCUUGUUUUGGUCCCACGUGGCAGUGAUGAUAGCGUGGUUGUGGGUCCUCAUGUCAGAGGCAGCCGAUUACGAGCGUCAUCAGAUACUGGUGAUGCUGAAGUGGACCUCCUCCUCCCCGGUACAGCAAGACUGCAGAUUCAGCUAGGCGUGACUAUGCCAGCAAGGGCGGAGCAUAUACCAAAGGAAGGUCAAACGCAGGUUUUCCACGAAGUAUAUGAUGUGGUGUUAUACCUCGGGAUAAUUGACAUAUUGCAAGAAUACAACAUGAGUAAGAAGUUAGAACACGCAUACAAAGCGAUUCAGUUUGAUUCUGUGUCCAUUUCUGCUGUGGACCCGACAUUUUACUCGGAACGGUUCUUAGAGUUCAUUCGGAAAGUCUUUCCUACACACGCAUUGGCAACUUAGAAGAGUUUGAACAAUAUCUUCGUCCGAACAUAAGAUUUGUUUGUAGCCCUUCCAAGGGGUGGCAGGGGAUACAGCUGUUUGUAUUUAUUGAGUACAUACAAUGCGGAUUACAGACUUGUAGUUGAUAGCAAUGUUUAUCAUUUUUUCUUUACAGGUCACCAAUUUCCUCCA